ACUUGGCAUAAAAAUGGUCCACAGGUACUGGGCCUUUAAUUGUUUUGCAUCCGGAUCAGCUCCCUCUUUUCCACAGGCAGCCUUACAGGCCGGGAUCCUGCCGACAACAACCCAGCUACCACUGGAUCGUUAACAGGUGUGCUGCUGCCCGGUGGUUCACUAUGGCCCAGAACCAGGUGAUCCUGCAGUUCCGAUUCGCCACGUUCGGCGACUCCAUGCUGCAGAAGAUGAACCUCCUCCGACACCAGAGGCGCUUCUGCGACGUCACCGUCCGCAUCAACCAGUUGGAGGUUCCCGGUCACAAAGUGGUGUUUGCCGCAGGCUCGUCCUUCCUGAGGGACCAGUUCAUUCUGCAGCAGGACUCCAAGGAGGUCCAGAUCUCCAUGAUCCAGGAGGCGGAGGUGGGCCGCCAGCUGCUGCUCUCCUGUUACACCGGCCAGCUGGAGUUUCCUGAGCUGGAGCUGGUGCAUUACCUGACGGUGGCCAGCUUCCUCCAAAUGGGCCACAUCGUGGAGCAGUGCACCCAAGCCCUCAACAAGUUCAUCAAACCUCAGGGCUCACGGCAGCUGGAGUUGGACCUGGAGCUGAGGAGGGAGAAGGGAGGCGAGGGGUCCUCCUCCCAGGCUCAGAGGGAGCACGAGCGCUCUCAGGCGCGGACUGUGCCCGAGGGCGAGGAGGAGGACGAGGAGGACGAGGACGAGGAUGAAGCAGUAGUGUUGGGCCAGGUCGGGGGAGAAAACAACGUUGAGAGUGACGAGGAUGACGACGACGUCAUCAUUCAGCCCAAGAGCCCGGUGCAGGUUUGGAGGAGGCGCCCGAGGCCUGGUCUGGCGGAAAGCGACAUCACCAUAGUCAAAGUAGAGUCUGUGAACGAUGUGGCUGAAAACACCAUCACCGGCCACUUCUCUGCCAGCCCCCCCGCCUCAUUACACUCCCCCGAGCCCCAGCACUCGCUCAUCAACUCCACCGUGGACAGCCGCGGCAGCGAGAUGGCCGUCCCGCCGGGCAUGGCCGGUUACCCGCUCAGCCCCCCGCCCUCCUCCCCGGCGGCGGAGAAGCACGGCGGACACCAGAGGAACUACGACAAGCCCCUGCAGUGGUACCACCAGUGCCCCAAGUGUGCCCGCGUCUUCCGCCAGCUGGAGAACUACGCCAACCACCUGAAGAUGCACAAGCUCUUCAUGUGCCUCCUGUGCGGGAAGACCUUCACGCAGAAGGGCAACCUGCACCGUCACAUGCGCGUGCACGCCGGCAUCAAGCCCUUCCAGUGCAAGAUCUGCGGCAAGACAUUUACCCAGAAGUGCUCGCUGCUGGACCACCUGAACCUGCACAGCGGGGACAAGCCGCACCGCUGCAACUACUGCGACAUGGUGUUCGCUCACAAGCCCGUGCUGCGCAAGCACCUCAAACAGAUCCACGGCAAGAACAGCUUCGACAACGCCAACGAAGGCAGCCUGCACGAGGGCGGCCUGGAGUUUGAUUUUGGACGAAUGUAGAAUUCUUUUUUUAUUUUUACAUUUUUAUUUUUUUUAGGUUUUGUUUUUUUCUUUUUUUUUCUUUAUUCUCAAAAAUAAGAUGAUCAGUUCUCAAAGAUCCUCACUGUGCUCGGCCUAUAUGCUUUAAAUGGAGGAAACGACCAUAUCUGCACUUCACCAUGACUCCGUUACUGUGGACUGUUGUCUUCUGUGUACAAUACAGUGCAGAUGCCUUUGUGUCAUACUUGAAACUUAAACACUGAACCACAAACAUGAUGACUGGACGUUCUUUCUAAAGGUGCGUUCACACUGAGCGCGAACGUGUCAGCCCGAGCGACAGACUGACAUGAUAUCCCUGUGUGCAGUUGCCACACGAGAGCGACGUGACGCUAAGCGAGGCCACAGAGGCAAUGCUAGCGACGCAAAACGGCCCAUUUUGGCGGUUAAAGCGAAACCGGAGCGACGCGACACCUGCGACGGACAGUUGGAGUAGAAAACUCUGAACUUUUGUUGUCUUGUUGCGCCGCGACAACCAAUCAGGCAACUGAUGUGGGGUGAAGGACAGCGGCGGAGACGAAGUCGUUUUCGUUCAACGUGGAAGAUGGCGGCCUGAGUUGUAUGACUCAACCAAUUAUUA